AUGCCCUACUACGAAUAUGAUCACGCAUACUACGAUCGAUCACCUAAGCCGUACAACCCACGGCGCUCGUCGCAUUCGCCCUACCACUUCGGCGAUCUCUACGCGGCGUUGCCUGGCGACCUCGUCUGGUCCACGGUGUACCCGGCUCACAUCGAUCGCGACAUUCCGCCCUUCGUGGAUCCCAGUUCGAGCGACCUCGAAGCCCCGCUGCCGGCCGAGCAUCGCAAGCGUCGCGAGAAGAAGUGCGGUGGCCAAGCACAACCCAAGGGAGGAGGCGGCGAGGGAAGCCAUGGCGUGACCGAUCAUAGCAAGCAGGCCGGCAAGACCCUCAUAGUCACGCGCCAGGCUUCCCCCAACGCCAACCCUCAGGUUGCGAUCCGCCUCCGCGAGCGGCGACUUAUCGAGAUCAGACUCUUACUAAGCCAGCUCCACGCGCAGCUCGAGACGGCAUAUAAUGUCUACAAGGCGCUCGAUGACAAGUUCAAGAGCCAUUGUGAUACAGUCAAAAGCUUUGCCAACGCAGACACGUUGGACAGAAUUUGGACCGACAUGCUACGAUUGGAGUUGAAGCAAGAGGAAGCCCAGGCCGAUAGACCGGCCGACUUUGACUCUGUCAUGACACAGAUCGGCCUCUGCUUGCGACACCUCCAAGCCGCCGAGAAGGAUAGGCUGCCCUCGGUUCAUGGCCUUCACGAGAGGAACGCCGUCAUCGAGCGCCAAUUCAAAAACGUCAUCAAGGCUGUCGAAGCAAUCGUGGAGCUUGCUGGAAGAGCUCAUGUGGAUCAUCUUGCUUGUGGGGAUUUAAUCUGGCACUUGAACAGGGCCUGGGCUUCGGCGGAUACUGAAUCUGUGGUGUGGAAAAGCCUCUUGGGCAGGCUACCCGCAGCGGAGAAGGCUUAUGUAGCACCUGACGACAGCGACUAG